CUCGACGUUCAGGACGACGAACACGCCCCUUUCACGCGACCCCAGCGCUGCUCAUCGCCCUCCGAUAGCCGGUCUUCAUCUCGAUUGCUGCUCUUUCUGCACCCCCGUUUCAUAAUCUAACGUUUCGACCACACCAAUGUCCUCCCGUGCCUUUACCGUCUUCCAGGACAUACCUGCAGAAAUCAGCAAGCCUGCGCGUGCAAAGCGUGCUGCGGCGCUGAAGCCGGCUUCAUCCCCAGUCGUAUCCACAUCCCUAUCCACCCUAGCUUCUAUUGAGAAGGAGAACCUUCACCCAGUCACCGGAACACCUGCCGGCCCAGGCUCCAACAGUAAUAUCAAGAAACGCAAGGCGUCCGGCGUCCUGGCGUCCAAGAUCGUUACUACUCCAGCCACGACUGCCCCCUCUAAGAAGGACAAGGACGCUCAACCUCGGAAACCUUCUUCCUCCAAAGGCAAGAGUUCCGAAGGCCGCAAGAGCAGCAAGAAGGUGUCCAGCCGCAAGGCGUCGUCCACCCUCUCCAUCGUUGACGAGAAAAACGCACCGAAUGACCCUACAACAAAGCCGCUUUCUCAGGCGACCGUGGAACAGGCAGUCAUCGAUUCCAAGUGUUACGAAUUCACUGUUUCGCCAUUAGCGGAUGUCUCUCGUGCUUUCGACAUCACAUCUCCCACAGACGGCGAACUUCAGACACGGGAAAUGAAGAACGAUCUACCCACUGCAAUACGCGACUACUUCUCCCCUUCAUUAGGACAGCACUCAUCUACCACCGACCGCGACUCGUCGGAACCUGCCGCUCCUGAAGCUACAACUACCGAUCAAACCACGCUAUCAACACCGGAGCGUAAGAAACUGUACUCCUCGUUCACCUUCUCGUCUCCCUCCCCAUCGUCGCCUCGCUCUGAGCAGCAGCAACUUGAGCAGGAACCAGCUCCGCAAUAAUCCGCACACGCAUCCUUCAUCCUUCAUCCCUUUAACCCCUAACUCCCUAAC